CACAUUAUUUAAUCUUAAGAACACUUUGCAGCCAUCCCUGUCUGCUAUCAGGACUUCACAGAGGAACAUGAGGUUUGGAGGAACGAGUCAUCUAUACUCACAGACCCAGGAAGCGAGCUCCAAGCGAGAAUGGAAGCCCUUGGAGGACCGUAGCUGCACAGACAUACCAUGGCUGCUGCUCUUUGUCCUCUUCUGCAUUGGGAUGGGAUUUAUUUGUGGCUUUUCAGUAGCAACAGGUGCAGCCGCCAGACUAGUGUCAGGAUACGACAGCUAUGGAAAUAUCUGUGGGCAGAGAAAUGCGAAGCUGGAAGCAAUACCAAACAGUGGCCUGGACCACACCAACCGGAAGUAUGUGUUCUUUUUGGAUCCAUGCAAUCUGGACUUGAUAAACAGGAAGAUCAAGUCUGUAGCACUGUGUGUAGCAGCAUGUCCAAGACAAGAGUUGAAAACCUUGAGUGACGUCCAGAAGUUUGCAGAGAUCAACGGCUCAGCACUGUGUAACUACAGCAUAAAGCCUUCUGAGUACACUCUGGCUUCAAAAUCUGCAGGGCAUUGCCCCAAACUACCAGUCCCAGCCAGUGCACCUAUUCCAUUCUUCCAUCGCUGUGCUCCUGUGAACAUUUCCUGCUAUGCCAAGUUUGCAGAGGCCCUGAUCACCUUUGUCAGUGACAAUAGUGUCUUACACAGGCUGAUUAGUGGAGUAAUGACCAGCAAAGAAAUUAUAUUGGGACUUUGCUUGUUAUCACUAGUUCUGUCCAUGAUUUUGAUGGUGAUUAUCAGGUAUAUAUCGAGAGUGCUUGUGUGGAUCUUAACAAUUCUGGUCAUACUGGGCUCACUUGGUGGCACAGGUGUCCUAUGGUGGCUAUAUGCAAAGCAAAGAAGGUCCCCCAAAGAAACAGUUAUUCCUGAACAGCUGCAGAUAGCUGAAGACAAUCUGCGGGCCCUCCUCAUCUACGCCAUUUCAGCUACAGUGUUCACUGUCAUUUUGUUCCUGAUAAUGCUGGUAAUGCGCAAGCGCGUGGCUCUCACCAUCGCCUUGUUCCACGUGGCUGGCAAGGUCUUCAUACACUUGCCGCUGCUCGUCUUCCAGCCCUUCUGGACCUUUUUUGCUCUUGUCUUAUUUUGGGCAUACUGGAUAAUGACACUUCUUUUCCUUGGCACUACCGGCAGUGCUGUUCAGAAUGAACAAGGUUUUGUGGAGUACAAGAUUUCUGGGCCUUUGCAGUACAUGUGGUGGUACCACGUGGUCGGCCUGAUUUGGAUCAGUGAGUUCAUUCUCGCGUGCCAGCAGAUGACUGUGGCGGGGGCCGUGGUGACGUAUUAUUUCACUAGGGAUAAAAGGAAUUUGCCAUUCACACCUAUUCUGGCAUCAGUGAACCGCCUUAUCCGUUACCACCUUGGUACUGUGGCAAAAGGAUCCUUCAUUAUCACCCUAGUCAAAAUCCCGAGGAUGAUCCUCAUGUAUAUACAUAGCCAGCUCAAAGGAAAGGAAAAUGCUUGUGCACGAUGUAUGCUGAAGACUUGCAUUUGUUGCCUUUGGUGUCUUGAAAAGUGCCUAAAUUACUUAAACCAGAAUGCAUACACAGCCACGGCUAUCAAUAGCACCAACUUCUGCACCUCAGCAAAGGAUGCCUUUGUCAUUUUGGUGGAGAAUGCUUUGCGAGUGGCUGCCAUCAACACAGUGGGGGACUUCAUGUUAUUCCUAGGCAAGGUGCUGAUAGUCUGCAGCACGGGCUUGGCUGGGAUUAUGCUGCUCAACUACCAGCAAGAUUACACAGUAUGGGUGCUGCCUCUGAUCAUCGUCUGCCUCUUUGCUUUCCUAGUCGCUCAUUGCUUCCUGUCCAUUUACGAAAUGGUAGUGGAUGUAUUGUUCUUGUGUUUUGCCAUUGAUACAAAAUAUAAUGACGGGAGCCCUGGCCGGGAAUUCUAUAUGGAUAAAGUGCUGAUGGAAUUUGUGGAAAACAGUAGGAAGGCAAUGAAAGAAGCUGGUAAGGGAGGCGUCGCGGAUGCCAGAGAGCUAAAGCCCAUGGUAGGUGGCACUGAGGAGGUGGCCGCCCUCCACGAGUUCCACUUUCACUACCUCUCUCUCUCUGUCCUCACUGACUGCACGUCCUCUGGAGACGCGUUUGUUACCUGUAUCACGCAGGACAUGCUGCUUUUUCUGUUUGUCUGCUUACCCAUCACGUGGAUGGCAGAGCUCGUGUCCCAGCUGAGACCACCAUCUGUCAAAGUGAGCUGAAAGGAACAGCGCCUCUGCCAGGCUCAGGGCCAGGGGUGAUGGCUUGCUCCAGUCAGAACUGGUCCUCCUGUUUUCUGGCUGUCAGUGUUUAGUUGUCUUCCCACUGGACACUGAGGGGCAUGCUUGGAGCAGCAGUUCAUUUCCAUCAUUGUAGAAGGUGACCACGGAAGUUCCUUUCAGCUCGCUAAAGUUCAUGUUCCUCCUUUUUUAAAAAAAACGGUAUGUUCUGUUUACAUUGCUGUCUUACCUCUUUGCAGACUUUUUCUUCUGUUGCUCAGAAUGCACUUUCUUUGCCGUUGUUGUUUCUGUUUGUUUGUUUAUUUGGUUUGGUUUUGAGUUCCUUUCGCCUGCAAACAAGGAGAUUUCCAUCAAUAGCCACAUUCCAUCUUGGUAAGACAGCCUGCUCUUCUCACACCUUAGCUGUAAAAGUAAUCCGUUUCUCCCGUCAGUCACAGAUGACAAUAGAUUUAGACAGAAAGAUGACUAAUACUUAGGUAGAGCGACGAUCAGCUGAGUACCCCCGUGUUGUUUCUCUUGUAGAUAUUCUCCUGUAGUGUAAUAACACGUCUCAAAUCUAUACUGGUCUAACUAGAACCAUGCUGCCUACCCAGCAGUGACAUGAGGAAUGUCACUUAUACUGCCUGGAUGUCCUCAUUGUUUAGGAAAUAAAGAAUCCAAACCUAAAACUUUAAAGGGGCGUGAGUGUGUGUGUGUGUGUGUGUGUGUGUAUGUGCACAUACAUAUACACACAUACAUACUUGCAUACAUACAUUUUAAAAACUGUAAAGAUCCUAGCUUGCCUCUACCUCCUUUGUAGAAGUUGAAGCUUCCAUUAAAUCGAUCUUCACUAAUAAGCAUUUUAAGAAAGACAGAAAUACUUAAAAGUUGAAGACCAGUCAAUUUGGCCAUGGCCUUGGAAUGUAUUUUCAUCAUGACUGUUAGUAAGUAGAAGAUAAAUUGUGGUAGACCAGGACACAAGUAUCCCUUCCCUACCGGAAACCCUAAUUUAUAUACACUAAUCCUAAGAGAAUUGCCUGAGUUACUUAGUGUUCUUUUAGAACCCAUGGCCCUACUCUCAAUCGUAUUUCCAGUUUUUGGCUGUGACCGGCACCCCAAGAAAUGUAUUAAGAUCUUCAUUUGAGUUUUGCCUUCACUUUAUGUUGUUCAUUGGUUCAUAGCUUUUUCUACAACCUUUGUCCCCAAACACAUCUUUUGUGUGCAUUGUCCUUCUGGUGUGUUGGGCACUACAGCCUUUGACCUCCGAGAAUGUCUCUCACUGUAAGUAAAGAAGACCCCCUCACCCCCAGAAUAGUGGGGAAUGUAAGAGGCCAGCCACCUUUCUUAAGCAUGCCAUUAAACAUUUCCCCUCGUGCCCCGUAAACAUGAUCAGAGUUGACGCCUACUGUCCCCCAGCCUUUGUGUCGUGAGGCAUCACCUGAGACCUUCACCACUGGACGUGAACCGCGUGUUCUCAUUUUCUGCGGUACUCUUCAGGCAAAAGCUCUCCAUGAGAGAGCAUCAUGUCUGUUUUGUAAUAUGUAUAGCAACAUCCACUGCCGCCUGUCUCCCUCCAUAUGAGCUGUUUUCAUUUAGACUUUUUUUAUCCUGUACAAAUAUUUUUAAAAAUGAGGUUUUCAGAUUGUCCGCUUAAUAGGGGAUUGUUGAACUAAAUAAGAAACUGCCACUUUCCUUCUUGAACUAUUUAAGAGAGCCCCACUAGUUUAAAAAACGUUUUAAGAUUCUUGAGGUUUCUCUCCAAUUAGAAGAGUUUGCUGAAUGUAAUGCUUUGGAGAUCUGCCUGUCUGCUGCCGUUCAAGGAUAAGAUUUCAGAGGGGCAACCCAAGCUCUCUGGGGGUGUGAGCUGCAGUAGUGGAGGAGUAGGCUGUGCGUGUCUCUGGUGACCCUGAAGGAAGUAUGGCCUGCAGUAUUCCAGCAUCCUAGAUUCAAGAGCGGAAUCUCAACUUAUUUUGCCCUCUUGCUGUUGUGACCAUGUGUGUAUGCUAAUAGCAUCGUUCAUAUCUCCUUUCAAUGGUAAUUUUCUAAGAUUAUACUCUGUAUGACUUUGUUUUCUAGGCUUCGGGAGCAAGUUCUGCUUGAACGUAGCCGGCGGUUAUGGACCCCCCAUUGACAUUCCAAAACAAUAUAUACACAUAACUAUGUA